AUGGUAUUAAAGUUGUUAAAUCAAUUAUUAAAUUCAAGAUAUGAUUUACAUAGAUCAGCUGAGUAAAAGUUCUUAUAAUGUUUAUAAACAAUUCCUAAUUAUUAUAAUCCUUUUAUUAAAAAGAAUCUAACUGAAUAGAAUAUCUAAUAAGUAUAAAUUAAUUUAACUCAUAAUAGAUUUAAAAAUCUUUAUUAUUCUUAAUAGAAGAGACAAGUCAUUUAUUGUACAUGUAGAAAGUCAAAACUUAUGAGGCAAAAAUUUUUAAAGUGAGAAAGAUAAUUGAUGAAGAUAAUUUUAAAAUUAGAUAAUCUCACAUUUCUAAAAAUAGUUAUUGUUGUGCUUUCUUCAGUGAUAAUUAUUAGGCAAGAUUUUAAAUAUAAAUGAAUUGUGAAUUCAGANUAUUAUCAAGGAGUAAUAAAUUAAAUUUCUUAAAAAGUUAUAUGCUUGAAAUUAAAAAAGAGUAUUAAUCUUUUCUAAUUAAUUUUUAUUAUUUUACAUUAUAAAAAAGUCAAUAUUCAGUAAAAAUUGAUAUUGAAUGA